GCUGCAGGUCCCCGCGGUCUCCACGCGCGAGCGGCCCCUUGGACGCGCACAGCAUGUCAGAGAAGCGGCACAACACGGACGCCCAGGGCCGGCGGCUGCCCGACUCCUUCAAAGACAGCCCUGCCACAGGCCUUGGGCCUUGUGGGUGGAUCCUGGUGGUUGCCUCAUUCCUGUUCACCCUGGUUACGUUCCCAAUCUCAGUAUGGAUGUGCAUCAAGAUCAUAAAAGAGUACGAACGAGCCAUCAUCUUCAGACUGGGACGCAUUCUGCAAGGAGGCGCCAAAGGGCCCGGCUUGUUUUUCAUCCUGCCGUGCACCGACAGCUUCAUCAAAGUGGACAUGAGAACCAUUUCAUUUGAUAUUCCUCCGCAGGAGAUCCUCACCAAGGAUUCCGUGACCAUCAGCGUGGAUGGUGUGGUCUACUACCGCGUGCAGAACGCCACCCUGGCCGUGGCCAAUAUCACCAACGCUGACUCUGCGACCCGACUGCUGGCACAAACCACCCUGAGAAACGUCCUGGGCACCAAAAAUCUUUCUCAGAUCCUCUCGGACAGGGAGGAGAUUGCGCACAACAUGCAGAGCACCCUGGAUGACGCCACUGACGACUGGGGCAUCAAGGUGGAGCGUGUGGAGAUCAAGGACGUGAAACUCCCAGUGCAGCUGCAGAGAGCCAUGGCUGCCGAGGCCGAGGCGUCCCGGGAGGCCCGUGCCAAGGUCAUUGCUGCCGAGGGAGAGAUGAACGCGUCCAGGGCUCUGAAAGAAGCAUCCAUGGUCAUCACUGAGUCCCCCGCCGCCCUACAACUGCGGUACCUGCAGACGCUCACCACCAUUGCAGCUGAGAAGAACUCCACCAUCGUCUUCCCUCUGCCCAUCGACAUGCUGCAGGGCAUUGUGGGAGCGAAAAAAUGAGCCCUGGGGGCCACAGCCACCACGAGCUCUUCCCUCCCGGAAUGAGAUGCAGGAUGACAGUCAGCCUUCCACCUAGGGGGAGCGUAGAGCAGGAACCUUGACUCUUCUCUCUCCCUUCCCGCUUCCGGAUAUCAAGUGUGAUUUCUUAGGCUGGGUAGUGAUCCUAACUAACCACAGGUCAAAGAUGUUUAGCGUUCUUUUGAGUACCGAGAGAGAAAUCGGUGAUUGAUAGAAGAUAAUUGCUUACUCUUGAAAAUAUUUUAAAAUGUUUCUAGAUAAUUUCUCAGUAGGUGAAAUUCCCUCUUCCUUUGACUUCCAUGCAGUCUGUGCCCUCUUGUCAGCAAAAGGCCAGAGGCAAGGGGAGAGGCGUCCUCUCUGCCUGGCCUGUCCCCCCCUGGUUAGGAAAGGCCAUCGCAGGCCCUUACGCUCCCCCCAGCCUUUCUGACCCACAGGUGCCUUACUUCCAGGAACUCUUAAUUCAGGAUAACUUCCUAACAGCCGCUUACUUCCAAACUCCAGAUCAUGUUUUUCUGAAUAAUCUUCCCAUGAGGAGGCGUUCUCUAGCCCUAUCUGUCAGCUCCUGAGGAGAUGGCUCAGAUCCAUGAAAAUAUGUCCUCUCCCCACGGGAAGGCUUUUAAACCCACUGUUACAAAGUCUUUCAUACUUCAUCAAGUCUGUUCAUAGCGCGGGGUUUUAAAAAAACUUCUUCCAACCUCUUUGUAAGGAAAUGAUUUCCCUGUGGCCCUUUCAAACCAACUAAAUGCUCAUUACGGAAGCGCUUUUUUUUUUUUAGAGUUUCCCUUCUGCCUGGUUUCAUCGAACAAAGUAGUCUUUUAUUGUUGAAAAUAAAGUUUUCUCUCGGUUCCAUUAACAAUGGCAUUUG